UAUGGCCAAACAUUGAUUUCGGAAAAAAGUAAAAAAAAUUUCAUAAACAAACGGGCUCUUAUAAAUUGUGUUAUGCCGUGUCGGGAAAUCGUCGAGUCAAUAAGAGCUUCCUGCGCAAUUGAUCUAUCGCCGGAGAAGGAGCAGUUCUUAAUUUCAAAUCUGUGUUCUUUUUCUUGGUUUUAAAAGACUUUAAUUUUUUAAGUUAAUAAAGUCGCGUCAAAUGAAGUUAAAAAAAAGAAAAAGGAAAUAAGCAUAUUCAUAAAUUGAGUAUUAAAUACGGGUCACACAUACGGCACAUGGCAAUAGAAGAGUCUUGUAGUAGUAGCUGCCUAUAUAGCGUGAACUUUCAUAGAAGGUGAAUGACAAAUGUGUGCUAUUUUCGUCAUUCGUAACGGUUCACAUCACAAAUAGUCCCCUUUUUGAUAGCCAGAUUCCAUGGAAACAAAAGUUCUGUCCAGCGGAAUCCGCCACUCUACUAUCCCUCAAAGUUAUAUCCGCCCUCAAUCCGAUAGGCCACGCCUCUCUGAAGUCGUUGAUUGCGAAAACGUUCCAGUAAUUGACAUGGGCUGUGGAGAUAGAAACCAUAUAAUUCGUCAAAUUGGCGAAGCCUGUCAUCUUUAUGGUUUUUUCCAGGUAAUUAAUCAUGGUGUACCAACGAAUUUAGUAGAGGAAAUGCUAGAGAUAGCUCGGGAAUUUUUUAACCUUCCUGUUGAAGAGAAGUUGAAGUUGUACUCAGAUGACCCAUCCAAGACGAUGAGAUUGUCCACUAGUUUUAAUGUUAAAAAGGAGACGGUUCACAAUUGGAGAGAUUAUCUCAGACUUCAUUGUUAUCCUCUGGAAAAAUACGCUCCUGAAUGGCCUUCCAAUCCCGCCUCUUUCAGGGAAAUUGUGAGCAGAUAUUGCACAGAAGUUCGACAACUCGGAUUCAGAUUGCAGGAAGCCAUAGCAGAGAGCCUAGGCUUAGAGAAAGUGUGUAUAAAGGAUGUAUUGGGUGAACAAGGCCAACACAUGGCUAUCAAUUUCUACCCACCAUGUCCACAACCAGAACUCACUUAUGGGCUCCCAGCACAUACCGAUCCAAAUGCCCUUACCAUUCUUCUUCAAGACUUACAAGUAGCUGGUCUUCAAGUUCUUAAAGAUGGUAAAUGGUUGGCUGUCAAACCUCAGCCAGAUGCCUUUGUCAUUAAUCUCGGUGAUCAACUUCAGGCAGUGAGUAAUGGAAGAUACAAAAGCGUAUGGCAUCGAGCUAUUGUAAAUUCUGAUAAAGCCAGGUUGUCAGUGGCUUCGUUCCUUUGUCCGUGCGAUAGCGCGAAAAUCAGUGCUCCAAAGCUCCUGACUGAAGAUGGAUCUCCAGUCAUUUAUCAGGACUUUACGUAUGCUGAGUAUUACAAGAAGUUCUGGAGCAGGAAUUUGGACCAAGAACAUUGUUUGGAACUUUUCAAGAACUAAAGAUCCAUCUUCAUCUUGGACAAUCUCUUUGCAAAAUUUACUAGUAUUUUUCAAGUUUUAAGCCUUUUUGUUUUAGUUUUGAGCGAUAGUUAUGGGGGUGGGAGUUAAAUUAGAAAAAAGAGGAAGAAAGAAACAGUUACCUGUUCAUUGCCUAGCUGAUUAAAUUACCCAAUAACAAGAGUCCAGCGUCCUGUUUUGCUACUUGCUGUCAAGUAGUAUUAGCAAUAAUUAGCUCGGAAAGUUGGACUACAGAUCUUGUUGGAAUUAAGAGGAAUAACGGUUCAGUCCAGUUGUAAUAGUAUAGGAAUAAGAUUACUACUUAUUGUUUAACUAGUUUCCGGUGUGUCUUCAA